UUUAUUGAUCCUUCUGUUUUUCACCAGUACUGUGUUCCUCACACAUCAAAUGAUUGAGUGAAGCAUCAUGCUCAUCUCUAAUUUAAAGGAAACGGACAAAAUAGCAUUGUCUAUGUUUAAAGCCCCAGUAAACUGGUUUAUUGUCCUGAUAAUAUUAGAUAUAUUUCAUCACCUGGUGUGUUUAUGCGCGUGCUGUUCAGUGAAUCAGGCAAGGUUUAUUCCUCAUGUUUAUACCUUGACUAUUGUUUAUCACCAAAAUCUGGCCAUUUUGUGCUGCAGUUUUCAUUAAUAUAUAUGGGCUGUUGUUCUUUUUCUUAUCAAUUGUUUGUCUGCUUGUGGAUUGAUGAGUUGAUUAUUGCAUUUCUCAAGAGGUUUGUCAUAAAUCUGAACAUAAAUGAGCGAUGUACAUCAGUGUUUCUAAACAGGGACUGAUGACAUCUCUGAGGAGCGUGAAGAAAGAUUAUAAAAACAACCAUGAUUCUCUCUAGAACAAUGCACACUGAUGAAUCAAUCACAAUAAAAACAGGAACAUAAAAUUAAGAGAGUAAACCAAUUAUUAUUAUUAUUCUUUUUAACACCUGUGGUAAUACUAAAUGGAGGCGUUUAACAGCAGACUGUGUGGUUUUCUCAGCUGGUAACGCUAUCAGUGCCACUGAUCUCAUCAGUAAUUCAUGCACAAACAGCCUGCGUUUGUCAUUAAAACUGCACACAUAACCUGUUGGGUUACACACAUCUACAGGUUUACUUGCAUUUGUCUGCAAUAACCCUCACUAAUCUGCAUCAGUGCUACAGUCAAAGACAAACCCACAGCACAUGUACAGAAAGUUAUAUCAGAAUCUGAUUCUCCAGACAUGAGGUUUUCCAUGAAAGCUGAACAUGCAGAGUGACAGCAUUGUGUGAGGGUUUGUGUUUGCUGUUCAUCCGAGCGAGGAGAGAUCCAUGACCAUGGAGACUGAUCGCGUCUGAAGGGCACGAGUGGGUGCGUCAGAGCCGUUUCCGCUGAACUCGACCCGCAUGACUGUUUAUACUGCUAACACUAACAGGUUAUGAGGCUCACAACAUCUCACGCAUUCGUCCUCUCUCAGCCGGUUCAGAGCAGAGCGCUUCCAUUGACAUAAGAGUCCUCCAUAGUAACCAAACAGGUGUGGCACUUACACCAGGUGUGUUUGACUAUCAAAUAACAGAGAAGCUGCUCUCGGUGCAUUUCCAGUCUGUCAGCAGCAGCCGAAGACCACGCCGAGCAGAAGAGAAUCAGACUGCAUGAAAGCAGCCGAUGAAACAUGAACUGGGGGUUCCUGGAGAAUGUGUUGAGCGGGGUGAACAAGUACUCGACUGUGGUGGGACGGGUCUGGCUCUCCAUCCUCUUCGUCUUCCGCAUCCUGGUGUACGUGGCCGCCGCCGAGCAGGUGUGGAAGGACGAGUUCAAAGACUUCGUCUGCAACACACAGCAGCCGGGCUGCGAGCAGGUGUGCUUCGACCGCUUCUUCCCCAUCUCUCAAGUGCGGUUAUGGGCCAUUCAGCUGAUCACGGUGUCCACCCCGUCGCUGCUGGUGGCUCUGCACGUGGCUUACAGGGAGCACAGAGAGAGCAAGUACAAGAGGAAGCUGUACCAGGACAAGGGCAGCCUCGACGGAGGACUGUUCUUCACCUACAUCACCAGUCUCAUCCUCAAGACGUCCUUCGAGGUGGCCACUCUGCUGGCUUUCUACUUCCUGUACAGCGGCUUCCACGUUCCCCGCUUGCUCCGGUGUGACGAGAGCCCCUGUCCCAACACCGUGGACUGCUACAUCGCAAAAGCCACCGAGAAGAAAAUCUUCCUUUACAUCAUGGGCUGUACGUCUAUACUGUGCAUUGUUCUGAAUGUGUUGGAGAUGAUGUAUAUCAUAUGGAAGCAGUGCUGGAAGUGCUUCAGUAAGAGCUACGCUCCUGUGCAUGAGAGACGGCCUCCGUCCAUGCUCACUCUCGGCUCACCGCCGCCGCUAGACACGUCUAAAGAGGAAGGACUUCAUUCUUCACCGGCUGGAAGGGAAAGCCCAAAGCUCGCUGCUGCGUGAACGCUUGGGAUAUUUCCAUGUGUGCUACACAGUUCUUCUCCACUGAUGUCACAGACAGCAAGGCAUCACAAGAACAAACUACAGUCACGUAGAGCUAUGUUAACAGAGCACACAGCUGUAGGAACUUUCCAAGAGGAAGAGCAAACACUUCUCAUAUCUUUUGUUAUACUGUACUCAAAUUAGAUGUCAACAUGCCCUGAUCCUCACAAACCAUCAACAAAACUGCACUAUAUAGCAACACAUGACCCAGAUGACAUUAAAUACAGGUUCAUUUGAAAUGAGGGUAAGUUUGUCAAACACAGUAUGUUUAAGAAACUGUUGACUUUUACUAUUUUUAUCAAACCUGUCUGUUUCAUUUCAUUAUUAAGAGAGUCAUGUUGAUCAUUUUGCAUAUAUUUUUUUUCAUGGUAAUGUUAAUAUUUUUAUUUAAUAAAUAAGUGUGGUACUGUCCAAUUACAAAACCAGAUUAGGACCAUUCGGUUAAAUCGUAUAGACCCACUUCAUUUUAUUAACUUUCUAUGUACUUCUAAAUUAAUCAUUUGAUACAAUGCACUUAUUGUGUACUUGCAUUGACCCUUAAUCCUAACCGUACCUAAUCAUGCCCCUAACUUAAACCGUAUUACACUUCAAUAAAGGGUUUUGCAAUUCAACAGGAACAUAAGUACACUUUACCAAACCAUUCAUUAUUUUUUAUCUAAGUACAUAAUAGUUGGUCAAAGACACCUAAUAUAAAGUGGAACCAACUGUAUUUAUGUGGACUGUUUCUUUUACAUGUCUAAAAUAAAUAACCUUGUCAUAUAUCCAAGGUGGAUCAGUGUGUUAUUAAAAAUUAAGUGGCUUGAGAACAGAAAGAAAAACUAAAUGACUACAUCUUUAAAAGCAUUUACCACUAUGUCCUGACAUAUUCAGUCAAUGUCAACAAAUAAUCAACCAUUUUUGUUUCCAUGUACAGUCAUGCCCACAAAUAUUGGCACCCUUGGCAA